CUCCACGACAUAGAAACCUUAGCUCACUAUACUUCACUGAUGAGUUGUAAUUCGUGUAAAGAAAAGGUGGAGAAAAGACGCUUGUGGCGCCAUCACAAUAGGUGCCCUCCUCUCUCAACCUGUCUCAUCACAAGCUCCCAGACACCGCAACCUUUUAAAGUGCUGAAACUAAAGCACUUAAGUUUAAUUCUGCGGAACAGCAACUCGUUUUGGAAUAUCACCCAGAUAGAGCAGGACUGAAGUAUUUAACGGAGGCAAAGCUCUUCCUAUGGCAAAUGACACAGAGAAUGACCCAUGCCACAGCAAUCUGCACAUUGACAAGGGGAACCCGCGCAUCAGCGCGAUCAUGUUCUCCGCCGGAGUGAUAGGGAACUUGGCCGCUUUGAUCCUUUUGGAGAUCCGCCGCAGGAAGUACCAGAGCCGGCAGCGACUGUCGCUCUUUCACGUUCUGGUCACCACGCUGGUCGUCACGGACUUGAUGGGCACCUGUCUGGUCAGCCCUUUCGUCCUGGCUGCCUAUUCCUUAAACACCACCAUUAUUGCUAUGAUUAAGACUGAACCUCCUGCAAUGUGUGAGUAUUUUGGAUUCUGUAUGACUUUUUUCAGCUUGGCCACAUUAUUUCUCCUCUUCGCCAUGGCGCUCGAGCGAUGCCUCUCAAUUGGCUACCCCUACUUCUACGGGCGGCACAUCACUAAACGUUGUGGAUAUAUCACCAUUCCGUUCAUCUAUUUAGUUUGCGCGGUGUUUUGCAUCAUGCCCUUUUUGGGUUUCGGGGACUACGUGCAGUAUUGCCCGGGGACGUGGUGCUUCAUUGACAUGAAUCCGUUAAUGUCUGAAGACCGUGUUUACCCAGUCCUGUACGCAACUGUUAUGCUCAUUUUAGUCCUUUCUGUAGCGGCUUGUAACGCCUUUGUCGUUUAUCACCUGGUUUUGAUGUACCGGAGGCGCAAACUAAACGGGGGACCCGUGACAACUCGGAGUAAGAAGGACCGGAGAGUCCUCUCCAUGUCCGAAGAGGUCGAGCAUCUCAUCGUACUGGUGUUCAUGACGGUGAUAUUCAUGAUUUGCUCCCUUCCUCUGGUGAUCCGUGUGUACAUAAACUCCGUGGGCCAGCGGAAAGAGAGCCACAAGACAGACCUCAUCGCCCUCCUCUUUCUCUCCACCAACUCCAUCGUGGACCCCUGGGUGUUCAUCUUCCUCAGCCCGUCAGUGCUGCGCUUCUUCUGGGGAGCGUUGUGCAAGGUGCCCCUCCUGCGCUCCAGGUAGUCUUUCUUCAAGUCUUCCCUGGGGAAGGACACGCACGCCCAGCUGGAACUGUGCCAUCCCAGUGCUUCCUCUGAGUUCACCCACCCCACAUGUCCACGCAGAUGGUUUGACCCGCUGAUGUAUUGGACCUGAUUGGGGCCUUGUAAUAGCCUCCGAAGGGAGUAGCCACUCAGAAUAGAGCUGCUGCCCACAUGUCCCGGCCUGCCUAGUGGUCUGGUUCUAUGGCGGGGGGAGAGGUGUUGAGCUACUUAGGGGCAACAGCUGGACAAGCGGAACAGCAACCUACACAUUCCUGCAAACGUAGGCUGCUGCUGCUGCAUUCUUGUUUUAGAACAAGCUCUGAGAGGCUCAAAUUGGAAGCCUCCGGAGGCCAGCAGCAGACGGACAGUUGGACUCGAACUCCAAGGAGAGUGGGGUUGCAGUACGGGUCACGUUCUUUAAAGCACUACACAUUAUAUGUUCUUACAGCAUGGACUCCCAAACCAGAGGCUACUACAAGGACAGCAACAUAGGAUUCACAACACUGAAGGGACUAAAUCAGAUAAGGACUGUUUAUUCUAUAUGAGUUGAUCAUGUUCCAGAGGCAUGUGUUGUUGGCGCCAUGCCCUUUUAGCAUGCCCCGGGACUCCCAGGGAAGUUUCUUUGUAUUGAGAUGUUCCUUCCGCUAUCAUAUGCCAUCCUUGUGGUUUUGGGAAUUGCGUAUCAUGAUCAGAACCUUCAGAGACUUCAUCCAUGUGAUGCAAGCUGGAUUCACACACACACUAUCCCUGCUCCCUGCAGCUAUGAUCUGUUCACCUUUCCUCCCACUGGGUGCUCACCUCGAAAAGCCAAAGGGCAAGAGCUCGAGCAUGACAUUUAUUUUUGACACACAUUAUUUUUUUUAUCUUUCUUUUGUCAGAUGGGUAAGCGGCACUACGAACUUCGAACCAGAUGUUGGUUAUUUGAAGUUGGGUAGCAUGCAAAAUGUAUGUGGGGAUGUUAUGCUGGAAUCGUGAGAAGAUAAAGGUGUCCUCUGUAUUCUUGAGGUUUCUUUGUGAUGAAAUGACAGCCUGAGUAUUUAUUAUGAUGUGUGUUCAGACCUCAUUGAUGUAUUAGUGCACCUGAAGGUGACAAGGAGCUUAUGAUGUUCAGUGUGCAGUUCUAAAUCUGUUCGUUCCUGUGUGUACGUGUGUGUGUCAGUGUCAAAGAGAUGGCACCGAAAAUAAUUGAUAUUUACAGGGAACCCUACCAUGUACCUAUUAUACCUAUUGUUCAUGUAUUCACGUUAAUCAGUACUGCGGAAGAUCCUGAUUGAGACUGACAGACGUGUAUUAAUGUACAUGUGCCAGCGCGUGUGUGUGCGCCACUGUGUGUGUGUACGUUUGUGCAUUUGUGUGUAUGCAUGUGUUAACACUUCUCUAAAUAUGCGCCUGACUCAUCCAUCCGUCAGCCUUUAUCCGUCAAACCCUUUCUGGAACCCCACCUCCUGUCAUAGGCCCACGUCGGGGAUGGCAUCCAGAUGUGUGUGUUAACAAAGUUAGACUCUUAACCACCCCUUUAAAAAGUUAUUACUCUUCCAUAAUCAAAACAAACAGGGAUCUGACCUGCUCCACCAAUAGAACUUACACAAGCAAAUCAGAUGCUCAUGUGGCCUUUGGGAGACCACAUUGAAUUAACAACAUGCAGAGCCUUGAAUUGGAUCACUAGUCACGAAUACUAACGAAAUAAACAGAAUAAUGACAUCAUAAUUAUAUAGCGUUAAUUACAUAACAGCUGGCUCCCCGGGAACAGGCAUGCGAAUUCGAUUACAAAUGUGAUUAAUUCUGUUUAUUCUCUGGAUUGAUUAAUAAAGCCGAUUAGUCAUGUCAUCUGUAAGUCCUGGGUCGUGUUUAUUAGGCACAGAACAAAAGAUAAAUGGACCGAAACGGAGGAACUAGCUGAAGUUUUCCAAUAAUAAAAGCUCAAUUUCGGUUUUAGCUGCAAAACAUUUACUCAUAGAGCCUUUGAGGUUGGAGAUGCCAUAGCUAAGGUCUGUUAUGGCAAGGCGGCCUAAGGCCCCCUGCCUCGUGGUGGGAGAGAAUGUUGAUUGGAUUUAUAUAAUCAAGCUCCUGCAAAGGGGAUUGGGAGACCAGAGGCACGAACCACCUCUUCCAGAUUGCCUUCAGAAAGUACUCACACCCCUUAACUUUUUCCACAUUUUGUUGUGUUACAAAGUGAGAAUAAUUUGUUUUCAAUUGUCCUUUUUGGUCAACGAUCUACACAAAAUACUCUGUAAUGUCAAAGUGGAAGAAUAAUUCUAACAUUUAUUACAAAUGAAUGAAAAAUAAAACACUUGAGCUUGAGCUCCAGGUGAGCUUUGCACACCUGGAUUAUACAAUAUUUGCCCAUUAUUAUUUUAAAAUUCUUCGUUGAUCAUUGCUAGAAAGCCAUUUUCAAGUCUUGUCAUAGAUUUCCAGGCUGAUUUAUGUCAAAACUGUAACUAGGCCACUCAGGAACAUUCAAUGUCAUCUUGGUAAGCAACUCCAGUAUAUAUUUGGUCUUGUGUUUUAGGUUAUUGUGCUGCUGAAAGGUGAAUUCGUCUCUCAGUGUCUGUUGAAAAGAAGACCGAAUCAGGUUUUCCUCUAGGAUUUAGCCUGUGCUUAGCUGUAUUCCGUUUAUUUGCAUCCUAAGAAACUCCCUAGACCUUUCUCUGUUGACAAGCAUACCCAUAACAUGGUACUCAGUAAUGUGUUGUGUUGGAUUUGCCCCAAACAUAACGCCUUGUAUUCAGGAUAAAAAGUGAAUUUCUUUGCCACAUUUUUUGCAUUAUUACCUAAGUGCCUUGUUGCAAACAUGAUACAUGUUUGGAAUAUUUGUAUUCUGUACAGGCUUAAUUCUUUUCACUCUGUCAUUUAGGUUAGUAUUGUGGAGUAACUACAAUGUUGUUGAUCCAUCCACAUUUUUCUCAUAUCACAACCAUUAAACUCUGUAAUUGUUUUUAAAAUACCCAUUGGCCUUAUGGUGAAAUCCCUGAGCAUUUCCUCUCCGGCAACUGAGUUAGGAAGGACGCUUUGUAGGGACUGGGUGUAUUGGUACACCAUUCAAAGCCUAAUUAAUAACUUCACCAUGCUCAAAGGAAUAUUCAUCUUUUUUUUCUAUAAACAUUGACCAAUUGGUACCCUUCUUUGAAGGCACUAAAAUAACCUACCUGGUCUUUGUGGUUGAAUCUGCGCUUGAAAUUCAGUACUCGAUUGAGGGACCUUACAGAUAAUUGAUUGUGUGGGAUACAGAGAUGGGGUAGUCAUUCAAAAAUCAUGUUAACCACUAUUAUUGAACACAGAAUAAGUCCAUGCAACUUAUUAUGUGAUUUGUUAAGCACAUUUUUACUCCUGAACUUAGGCUUGCCAUAACAAAGGAGUUGAAUACUUAUUGACUCAAGACAUUUCAGCUUUACAUUUUUUAUUAAUUUCCAAAAUGUUCUACAAACAAAAUUUCACUUAACAUUAUGGGGUAUUGUGUGUAGAUCAGUGACACAAAAUCCUAAUUUAAUCACAAAAAAAGUGGUGUGAAUACUUUCUGAAGGCACUGUAUGAAAUCAAUGGCUGAAGCCAUGGCAACCCACCACUAGCUCUCCAACAGAUACACAAUUCAGAAGUGCUUUACAAAUGUGUGUCUUUGGGCUUCCUUUAUCAGAUAAAAUUAUUCACCUUGUCCGUUUUAAGAAAAUGUGUUAUUGAUACAGUUGCUAUUCAAAGUCAUUCAAAAGGAACCUGUAAUAUCUGCUGAACAUAUCCCUCUUUGCCUGCAUCCCAAAUAGCACCCUAUUCUCUACAUACUGCACUUACUUUUAUAUAUAUACGGUAGGGAAUAGGGUGCCAUUUGGGACAUAACACACUGGGCACAAACUGGUUAAAUCAACAUUGUUUCAAUGUAAUUUGUCAACGUAUUUUAAUGUGGAAUCUACAUAGAAAAUACAUUGGAUUUGAAAAAAAUCAUCAAACUUGUUUUGAGUGUGAAAUUUCAACCACAGGAUUAUGUUAUCAUGGUAAACAAAUUUGAACAUAGACAAACAUUUGUAUCUUUUUAAAACAAUUCAGUCACUCAUCGGAGAGAGAAAGAAACGUGUUUAUCACCAACAGUAAUGUGGUGUCUGUCAAUGUGGCACACGUUGCCAAGAGCUGCCAUCCUCCCAGACUUGAUCGUUUGAUUCCCCUCGUUCAACCUGUCUGGUGUCAUUUGGGUUCGGCUGACUCAUACGUUUUGUACAUUUAGAAUGUACACGUGGUUGCCUUGACGGAAACCCAACGUGACAUAUUCCAGGCCUUGUACCUACGUAUCAUUGCAGGCUAUGAUAAUUUCAAGAAAGGCAGCUCGAAAACAAAGUCAAAGUAUGUCAUUUCUUGCCUUGUCGCUUACAGCUAGUACUGUUUGUGUCUCAAUGGACGAUUUUUUUUUUUUUAAAUGUGUCGAUAAAAUGAUCGAUGUUUUGGUUUUGUAACAUGACAUAAUAAAGCUGGUACCACUACAGAUGA